UGAACUCAGAGAUGACUUAGACGACAAAGAGCAGCAGCCCCGUAAGAAGUAUUGCAGCCUAAGAAAGCGUCGCUUUCGCGAUCAUCUCUCAGCCUGGUGCUCUACAAGACUCAGCGACGUGAUGGAAUUUUCAUGAACAAGAAGAUUCGUUUUUAAAUUUAUUUAGACGAUUCCUCUGCCUCAUUGUAACGCACUCCUACAGGUGAUCGUGCUACCUGGUGAUUUAGUUCCAGGAGCUGGAGCUGCAGCAAUGGCUUCUUCCUCUACUAGUGGUGGGGUGCUUGCGCAACCCGUAGAUCUUGAUCGUCGACAUGCGAGUACAACCGCAAGAGGGGCUACUAGUACUGCCUCUACUAGGCGUGUUCAUGAUCCGGAAGAGUCGUGUGACAAAGAGAAAGAUCCAGCAUCAGUAGAAACUACUGCAGACGAACAAGCAAAACCUGUAGGAGCCCUUGUGGUCCCGCCUUCAUGCGGCAGAGACGAUGCUCAGGAAGGAAAGAAAAAGAAAAAGCGGAGAAAGAAGAAGACGAGCAAGGAUUAAGGCAUUCCUUUGUGUUAUCCAUUCUCAGAAGUAGCUGAAGCGUCUUGGUGCUAUCUGCGCAUACGAGAAAAUACAUAUUGCUCAUGAAAGAGUAGAAGAUGUAGGGGUAGAAGAGGUCGCUCAUCUCAUGACACUGGGAGGACAGCUCCAAGUGGUAGUGGUGGGUCCAAGAUGCAUGAUAAAAAUAAUCUUCUCAAAAACACGAACCAACACGUUGGAAUUAUAUCCUAUUUGAAUUUUAUGGUGGUGGCUGGCAGGCUCUAAAAAGUAAAUGAGAAGGAGAUCGAAUCUCCGUUGCAGUUUUCGCCAAAGUCUCGGCUGCGUCUGACAACCCCGUCUUCAGGUGAAGACAGCGUUUCUAGAGAAAGCUUCUACCUCCUGCCUCAGCAAAUCGGAGACUGGGUCUAUAGCAACACGAACCGUGUUCUUUCUAGUAGUCCUCUAGGCUCGGGAACUACGAAGGACAGCAGUGACGCGACCAACAGUUAUGCUGGUGCAGCUUCAAUAAUGAGGACCAAGACCACGAAGCAGGCGGGUCCUCGACGUUUAGAAGGAGGGGCUCGAUGGCGGCCGUUCCUCAGGUGGUCUGCAUAUUCGAGGCUAGAAGCGCUUCUGUGCAUGAAAGACGUGAAGCUACUUGGUCUGCCGGCUCUCAGCGUGCUGCUGCUGCUCAUAACAUUGUCGGGCCCCUUCCUGCUUUGGAGAUGUGCGCUCGCCAUCAACAGCUUGCUGCCCACCGAGGACGAGACUGUGUGUCUCACUCGCGAGGCUUACCUUUCGUUAAGGGUUGGAAGUUGACCUACAUUUACCGGAGAGCAUAUCAUCUCUGACCUUUUUCAAGUAGGAAGGUGAUAGAUAAUAUGCGAGCUAAAGAGGCCAACUCGCAGCAACGUCCAACUUCACUUCUUUUCAGUCCUGAAGUUGAUCAACAAAGCGAAAGCGAAAGGACAUCAGCGCAGUCAACAACGCUGCUACUGCCAUCUUCUGCUUUGCUCCAGCAACAGGAACUGCAUCAGCAAGCGUUGGUCGAGGAUGGGCAACAUCAGGUCCAGACGGUUGGCGAAAUAUUGCAGAGGCAAAAGGCAGUUGACUCUAUCCUCUACGAGGACGCCAGUAACCCACCACUUCUUAGGGGUUGUUAGUUGACCUCUCUAUUAGCAUAUCUCUGACCUCAUCAAGCAUAACAAGCAGGAAGGUGAAGGUCAUAGAUAUGCGACCUAGAUGGGUCAACUUGCAACCCCUAAACUUCAGCUGCUAACUAGUGCAGCUACUUCAGAAUCAGAAUGGGACUGGAAUCCAGGUUCAGUAGUAGCGGAAAAUAGAGAAGGAUCAUUGGAACAAGGUGGAGUUUCCGGCUCCGAAAAGGAAGGAGAGGACGACGAGAAAGACAAAGAAAAAGAGGAGCCGGAAGAGAAGCUGGCGAAAAAGGAAGAAAUGAAACAAGAGGAGCUGGAAGAGAAGCUGACGAAAAGGGAAGAAGUGAAUAAGAAUCGAGAGGAAGUGGAAGAAGUGAAUAGAGAGGAAGUGGAAGAAGUGAGUGAAGAGAGGCUAGAAGAGAGGCCGGAGGAGGGAGAAGUGAGUAAAGAGAAGCCAGAAGAGGAAGAAACGGACGACCCUGGCCAACCAACACCACGAGCACCACUACCAGGACCAUCACAACCACCAUCACAAGAACCAUCACCAGGAGCCCCACCGGACCCCGAGCCAGUAAAAGUAGAGCAGAAAGGAGAGACUGAGGCUGACCGACACCCACCUGAAAACGGCCUUGGCCCAUCAACACUACCACAACCAGCUGAAGACGGCUUUGGCCCAUCAACACUACCAUCACCAGGACCACCACAACCACCCGAAGACGUAGACGGCCUUGGCCCAUCAACAUUAUUCACCAGAGAGGAGGUGGAAGAAGUGAAGGGAGAGGAGCUGGAAGAGGAAGAAGUGAAUAG